CACGACUGGAUCGCCAAAACACACAAAAGCUAAGUCAACAAACAACACAUCCGGCAAUAGGUACACGCGCCCGCCGGCCAGAUGACAACCACCCACGUGCUGUCGCUUCCCUUCCGGAAGUCGACCCAGCUGUCACUGUCGCGCGCCAUCCAGCAGUACAUUUCCGCCAAAUACGACCAGCACCCGGACAUGUUCCGCCAUGACCUCGACACCAUCGAUGCUCUGCGCCGCGACGCCAUCAACGUCCGCGAAGCCCACCCGAGCGGCAUCAGGAAGCUCCAGAUGUACGCCGCCCAGCUCGUGUGGAUUGGCGGCAAGUUCCCUAUUGAUGUCGGCGCCGACUUCACCUGGUACCCGGCUCUGGGCUACCACACCGAACACCCGCUCGUCCAGAACAACCUCAAGUACGAGCUGAUGAACGUCCUCUACAACCUCGCCGCCCUCUACUCCCAGCUGGCUGUGGCUUCCAACCGCAACAGCACCGAAGGCCUCAAGACCGCUGCCAGCUGGUUCUCCCACUCCGCCGGCGUCCUCACCCACAUCAAGACCCAGGUCCUGCCCGAGCUGCGCAUGCCUAGCCCGCCCGACGACAUGGACGAAACCACCCUCGAGUCCCUCAUACAGCUCUUUCUCGCCGAGGCCCAAGAGUGCUACUGGCAGAAAGCCGUCAUGGACGGGUAUAAAGACGCCUCCAUCGCCAAGCUAGCCGCCCGUGUGUCCGACCUCUACAACGAAGCCGGCGAGGCCGCCAUGCGCAGCGAGGCCAUCAGCUCGGCCUGGAUCCACCACAUGAGCGCCAAACACCACCACUUCGCCGCCGCCGCCCAGUUCCGCGCUGCCAGCGAUUGUCUCGAACGCAAGAAAUACGGCGAAGAGAUCGCCCGGUUGCGGGACGCCGUCGCCUGCGUCAACGAAGGACUCAAAGAAACCCGGGGCGGUUACCUCAGCAAAGCCGUCGUCGAAGACCUGCAGGGCCUCAAGCGUCGCCUGGAAGAGGACCUCAAGCGCGCCGAGAUCGACAACGACCGCGUCUACCUGCACAUCGUGCCGCCCAAGACUGAGCUCAAGCGUCUCGACCGCGCCAACAUGGCUGUCGCCCGUGUGCCUCCCCAGGUGGCCAAGCCGUACGAGUUUCUGGGCGACCCCAGCGCCGAAUUCGGGCCGGCCUUGUUCACCAAGCUCGUCCCCUUUGCCGUACACGUGGCCGUUUCCAUAUACGAAGAGCGUCGCGACAGGCUGGUCAACAACUCCAUCAUCUCCGAGCUCGAGUCCAUGACAUCCCAACUUCACGAAAUCCUUUCCUCUCUCAACCUCCCCGGUUCCUUGCAAGCCCUCGAAAAGCCGCUCGGCCUUCCCGGCACCUUGGUCCAGCACGCCGACGAGAUACGCCAAGCCGACGCCCUCUACCGCCUGCAGCAAGGCUUGACGGACAUUGACAAGCUCUGCUCUUCGGACCUAGCCAUCUUCGAAGAAGGCCGGUCCCUCCUUCUCGCCGAAGAGGAGGAAGACUCCCGUCUCCGCCUAAAGUACGGUACCGAACGGUGGAACCGCCCGCAAUCUCGCCAGGAUCCGUCCCCCAACGGCGGGACUAAACUGUGGCGACAGGCCCAAGAUAUCGAAGGUUACUUUGGCUCUUCGACAGCCUCGGACCAAGUAGUCCGCGAGAAGUUCAACGCCGUGAGGGACACGCUCACCAUUCUUGCUGGGUCGGACCGAUCAAUCAUGGAUUUCAUCCCCAACUCGCGACGGACCGACAUCCCCGAGAGCUUGAAGCCGGCCCUAGGAAGGCUACGAAGCGCUUACAACGACGUGCAGCGUCUAGAGUCCCGCCGACGCAAGCGCGUCGAAUCUUUGCGCGCUCGGUCUCGUGCAGAUGACAUCAAGCCUGACAUCCUCGUCGAAGCCGCUCGCUUAGAACGCGCGUACCCAACCACCGCCAUCGCAACCGCCCACUUUGAGGACUUCUUCGAGAAACGCCUCGACCGCCUAUACGAAUCAGAGCUGGAGGCCGUGGAAAGGGAUAAGCAGGAGCAGGAGAAGAUUGUACAGGAGGUGAAGAGGGCGAACAAGGAGUUUGAAGCACAAAAGAGGCAGGUCGAUAGAGCCGGAGGAGGGAAUCGAGAGAGAGAAGAGGCGCUCCAGAAGCUGGAUGCGGCCUAUUACAAGUACAAGGAGAUUGUGAGCAAUGUGGAGGUCGGGAGGAAGUUCUAUAACGAUCUGAGCCAGAUUGUAGAACAGUGGAGGGGGUUGGUCAGGGGGUGGGUGAGCGAACGGAGGAGGGAUGCGAGGAGUCUUGAAGAGGAAAUCAACAUGCCCCCUCUGUCCUCCCUCAACAUGCAUCAAUCAUCUUUUUCGUAUCAACAACAGCAACAUCACCAACAACCACCACCGCCACCACCACAGAUUCCUUUCCCUGAACCCAUCCAACCUCAUCAGCCAAUAGUCGAACAAGCGCACAUCCAAAGCUGGGCCGACAACGUGCCACAACAACAGCCAAAGCCAGUAGCUCCUGGGGCGUGGGCACCAAACAUGGGGAUAAAAUUCGGAUCCCCUGUGGCCCAGGGCCAGCAGCAUCAACAAGAGCAGGGCCAACCAGGACCGGUAAACGCUACAUGGGAUCCGUCUCAGGGGAUCCGGUUUGGGUAGCCGGUAGUGGUGUGCUGAGGUGAAUUUACCUGGGCGGGCGGGACAGAAAAUAGACUACCCAAAGUCCUUACCGUCCGCGACUGGAGUGUAUGUUUUGGAACAUCAUUCGAUGGAUUUCGCAGAUUUAGUAGAGGCAUAGCAUAGCGGGAUUGGAAUUCACUCUAUCUUUACACGGAGGGCAAAAUGGAAGCUUGACCUUGGUACUUGGCAUAAAUGUCCGGCUCCCUUUUUCUUAUGGUUCCCUUAAGUUGUGUAUCAGGUCCACCUCAGAGUUAGAGCCUGGAAGGCGGAUUUCACCAUACGCAGGCGACCGGAGCCAGGCUGAAGACCCGCACUCCUUCUUGAUCCCCUUCUCGACCAGGCAUGUAGCCAGAGCUAUCGCCGUUGCUGACAUGGAGAAUUCGGACAUCUUGGGUUGUGCACCUUCAACCGACAUAACCCAUAGAGACGGGAAAUAAAUGGUUCUUGGCUUCACCACUUGCACAACACCAGCCGUUCUUCCCCACUGAUGCAUCAUGUUGGAUUUGGACUUGCUUCAGCUUUCGCAAACUUCUGUGGAGCCAUACC